AUACCCACUAACUUGUACUCUCCUAUCAUCGUAGCACAUUUCCAUUUCCAAAGAAACAGGUUUUAUUUUCAGCACUUUGGGACUCCAAACUCCCAAAGUUUUUUCCCCACUCUCUUCUGCAGAUUAGGCAGAAAGAAAAAAAAAAAAGAAAGGAUAACAAGAGAGCAAAGGUCAUGGAUGUUGCACAUUUAUUGUUUGGCAUAUUUGGGAAUGCUUCCGCUCUGUUCCUCUUCUUGGCUCCAGUGAUCACAUUCAAGAGGAUUAUACAGAACAGAUCAACAGAGAAAUUCUCGGGCAUUCCAUAUGUCAUGACACUGCUCAAUUGUCUCCUUUCAGCAUGGUAUGGUCUACCUUUUGUGUCUCCCCACAAUAUAUUAGUGUCAACAGUGAAUGGCACUGGAUCUUUGAUUGAGAUCGUAUACGUGUUGAUCUUCAUCGUAUUGGCCCCCAAAAAGCAGAAGGCUAAAAUUCUUGGUCUCUUCACCUUCGUGCUCUCUGUGUUCUCUGCUGUUGUUUUUGUGUCCCUUUUUGCCCUUCACGGCAAUUCAAGAAAGCUCUUCUGCGGCUUUGCUGCUGCAAUAUUUUCCAUAAUCAUGUAUGGCUCUCCACUCUCUAUUAUGAGACUAGUGAUCAAAACCAAGAGCGUGGAGUUCAUGCCCUUCUUCUUGUCGCUGUUUGUGUUUCUCUGCGGCACUUCUUGGUUUAUCUUCGGUCUGCUAGGCCGUGACCCAUUUGUUGCAGUACCUAAUGGUGUUGGUUCUGCUUUGGGGGCAAUGCAACUGAUAUUGUAUUUCGUAUACCGAGAUAAUAAAGGUGAUACGGGGAAAAAAGCCCCAACAGUGGAGGAAUUCAUGGAGAUGGGGGAUGCAAAACCCCAACAAGGGAAGCAAUCCAAUGCAAAUGGAACUCAAGGAUGAUACGUCAAGGAACACAUCUGGCUUACAGAAUAGUCAUUGUCAGCUACGUAGUUUUUAAUGCAACUGAGAGCAAACAACUCUAUGAUUUGGUCUUUUCUUAUUUUAGUUCUAUAAAUGCUUAUAAUUUACUUCAAGCUAAGGCAACCUUUAGCCGAUAAUAUUGAACGGAAACAAGCAUGUAUGAGAGUUUACCUCCUUCCCCUGGUCUCAGGGAUUUUAUGUUAAUGUAUUUUCCUA